AUGAGAGACUACACCCUGCCUUACGACUCCGAGAGCGAGGGCAGGCCGCCCGGAUGGAUGCAUUGGUGGGAAAUAGACGCCACGCCAAGCGACCCGGGCUCCACGCCAAGUGACCCAGCCUCCACGCCGAGUGAGGAGGAGGAGGACGGAGCCGGCAAUGCCAGCGACGGCCAGGAGGUGGACGGAGGCGCCGCUGGCAGCGACGGCGAGGACGAGGAUGAGGAGGAGGAGGGGCAGGAGGAUGACUCUGACGCCAGGUUCGACCUGCAGGAGGCGCAGGAGGCGGCGGACGACGAGGCGGCGACAAGGAAGGAGUCCGACUCCAACUCCUCCACGGACGUGUCGUCCUCCAGUUCCUCUUUCGACGAGAAGCGCCAAGCUCCGAGCAAGUCGGUCAGUGGGCAGCAAGAAGCGGUUGGCGCGGUGCUGGACCAACUGGGAAGCGCCGGUGCCUCCCUCCCACGCGUCGUACGCCUACGGCGGCGCCUCCUCCACGGGUGCGGGGAGCAGCAACAGAAGCUGCGACCGUCGUCGCCGCUGCCCUCCCUCUCCUCGGGGUUUAGCUCCGAGGGAUCCGAAGAAGAAGACAGCGACAGGGUCGUCGAGGGCGACUUUGUCGCCUCUGACGAGGCCGAGGCGCGCAUCCUCGCAUGGAUGAAGUGGCGCUCCGAGCGCGCCCACUUCCACGAGGUCGCUGCCAACGACGUCGAACUGGAGGAGGCCCUCCGCCUCAUUGAGCGCCAGAAGGCGGAGGAGCGUGCGGCGGACGGCGUCGUCAUCAACUGA